AUGUCACAACCGGAGGAAUCCCCGCAGACGCGAUACAUGCGAAACAUCCAGCUCAUCGAGAGCCAGUUUUUCCAUCAGAUGUCGACUCUGGGAGCACAGCCCGUCUCGCCCCUCAACUCGAAAGUUGGAGCGUUGGGUCCACCCACCGAUCCGUCGGAUUCGCUUUCUAGAUCGCCUAGCCCGCCUCCUCCAGUGCCUCCAAAGACCUACCUCACGCAGAGCCCUCAGCGAUCUCUAUUCAAGACGAGCUUUGCAGAAAAAGACAAGAAUUCAGCCCCAGGACAAAGUCUUUUUGACAAGAGUGCUAGGAGCAGUGUACAGAGCGACUUGUCGGCAUCCGCGUCGUCAAGCCAGUCACGCAAACCUUUUUUCAAACCAAACUUGUCGCUCAAGUCGCAGAAAUCGCUUUUCGAACAGGCUAGUCAACCGGUGGCCAGACCUGCUCUCCGAUCCGACUCUGUUGAAGAGGACGAAUUGCGCGACUCCGUGGGGACCCUGAACUAUUUCGACCGCAAGGGCUACAGAGUGUCCAAUGACGCGUAUAACUCGCUGCUAUUCAAAAACUCAGCCAACUCGAUGGUUAGCAUAGAUGAGGGCCCUGUGAAUAUAAACGAGUUGCCCGACAGCAUCAGGCUAAUUGUCGACUCGCGUCCCAGCGACCAGGUCCAUGAUCUCGACUAUUUCGACGGUGCCCAGUACAGCGCCUUUUGGCUCAUCACGGAAGACGAAGCGCAGACUCUCACAGACUGGAACUCUCUUGAAUUCCAUCGCCAAAACGCAAUUUUCGAGCUGUUUCUGCUCCUGCGAAAGUUUAGGAUAAAUCUGAAGCGCAUGGUUUUUCAUUACGGUCCAGCCUUCAAAGAAGCAAAGAACCUCACAGCAGACCAGAAAGCAGAUUUCCUGAAAACCUUCGUUCCCCUUGCGGCCCUGUACGAGUACCUGGAGAAACUAGUGCGCAAACGGCUGAAACCAGCUUUUGACAACCACUUUUUCGUCAACGACCGCUACGUAUUGGACUGUCUGAAGAACUGGCUAUCGAAGCUUGAGCGCGAUUACGAGUACAUUUCCCGAAGCAUGGUGUAUCUGGCGAAAAUCGCUGCCAACGAACAGUUCAGAGAAUGGAUUCAGGUGGCUGAGCAAACAGACGAGCUGGCUCUGGGAAACAACUAUCUUGCUUCUGCUAGAGAGCUUUUCCACUCGUAUCUUCUUCAAGCUUUUGCUCCAAUGCGACUUAUGGUGCUGGAUCUGAAAAAACUAUACACAAAAAUGGACGACGACAGACUUGUUGCAUUGGCUCAAGACAUUUUUGAUCUCCUCAACAAAAUCAACAAGAUCAGCGACUUUACCACAGAUUUGGACAAAAAAAUCAAAUUGAAUGAAAAACUGGUCUGCACAGACUAUUUAUAUCUGGAAAUGGUGGAUCUGUUCAAUGCUAAGAGAAAGCUCCGUGUUCCGAUAGACGUUAAUCUUCGCACGGCCAUCUCCUCAGACAGUGCCAUUCUCUACCUUCUAGACAACUACCUACUUCCACUGGUCAAACGCGAACAUAGAGAAGCCAGCUACUUACUCAACAAGCCCCCUAUUGCGCUGCAAUAUCUCGAUUACACAGUGCACGAGGAAAAUGGAGAAAAAACAUUAAUCCUGAAAGAUGCCGGAAAUUGUUUCACAUACAACGUCCGGAACGAGCGUGUGGAUGCUCCUACUCUUUUCAAUAAUUUCAUCAAGGACAUUCCAAAAUAUAAGGAUGAACUGUUCACCAGACUGAGCAAAGCAUACGAACUCAAACUAAUCAACGGCACAUCGUUCCAGGUCCCAGUUCCCUAUUACGAAUAUACUGUGCCAUCAAUUGAGAAAAAGGAGCUUGAUCCAGUGCAGCAGGCUCUUGCACAAUCCAAGUUCAAGCCGUACUCUGUCCCUCCAAUCGCCAACACCCAGGUGCUCAGCAUUGACACUUUCCGCAGGGGUAAGGAGCUUUUCUUUGUUGUUGGAACAGCUGACGGACUCUACAUGGGCAAACACGACCAGCCCGCAACGUGGAAAAAGAUCUGUUCGUAUCCAGAUGCCGUCAAAAUUACCAUCAUGCACGAAGAUAUGGGUUUCGUCCUUCUUAAAGACAAGCUCUACAAGGUGGACACAAAGGAUAUCUACGAAUGUUACGAGCAAAAUAUGAUGUGCAACUCCAGACUGUACCAAAUUGCAAAAGGCGUCAACUCGUUUGAAGUGGGUCCUCAAACCAUCCGUCGCGGACCGAUCGUGAUGGAGUGCGAUAUUCUCUUCUGCUGGACGGACAAAAAGAUCAUGUUCAGCAUUGUGACUGCCAGCAACGGAUGGAAGCUGAAGUUCGAGUCAAUGCGGCCAACCUUCAAGGUUCUCGGACUGCAGCUGCUGUACCCAACAGACUUUGUGAUCAGCCACAUCAACGAGAGCAAUCCUAUAUUCUACCUGUCGAACCUCAACACUAUGGGCAACACGCAACUCAACAAGACAGACUCGCAGAGAGACCUCAAAUCGCGUAUUCGUGGACAGAGACCGAUUGCCGCUUUCAAGCAGUUUGUGAACGACAAACACACCGACUACGACCUGCUGCUGGUGUACUCGCGUUACUGCAUGUUUGUGAAGUAUAGCAAAGAGCAGAUCGUGUCGAUUUCGCGAACAGAGAUUCUUCGUUUUGGUUUUGAGGUUCAGGACGCCACGUACGACAGCUACGAGCAGAUCCUCGUUGUCUGCAGCGAGCAGAACGUCGAGAUUUGGAAGAUCUUCAGGGACCGUCAGGCCAAGUCUGAGCUUAUAGGCUGUGUGAUUGGGUCGCAGGCCAGGCUGUUGAACAAGACGCCAGGGAAAAUCAUUAUUGGCGUGAUGAACAGCGAGCACUACGCCGGGAAGGGCAACCAGCUGCUUUUGCACUUGCGCAAGCGCAAAUAG